AUAGUAGCUCCCUGUGGUCUUCUUCUGCCCCUCCCACCACCGAACAGCAGCAAUGGACGACAUGGAGGCCGAGUACAGCCACUACUGGGAAACCAAGAGGUUCAUCGACGCGGAGGAGUUCGAGAGCUGGGGGUUUGAGGAGGCCAUAUCAGGUGGCUACUACGAUUCCAGCUCCCCUGAAGGCACCACAUCCUCGGCCACCGUGAAGAACAUUGCUAUGGAGAGGAAUCGCAGGAAGAAACUCAACGAAAAGCUUUACGCGCUCCGGAGUGUCGUCCCCAACAUCACCAAGAUGGAUAAGGCGUCGAUCAUAAAAGACGCGAUCGAUUACAUUCAGCAGCUUCAAGAGCAAGAGAGGAAGAUGAUGGCAGAGAUGUCCGAGCUUGAGCCGCUCAGAGAGGAAAAGAUGUCGAUGGGUGACUUCGAGUAUGAUGUUGUACCCUUCAUGCAGCAGAGAAAGAAGAAGAGAACUCCAAGGAGCUCGUCGGCUCCGGGUUCCCCGACCUCCCUUCCCAUCGAAGUACUGGAACUCAGAGUGAAUGAAAUGGGCGAGAAAACGAUGGUUGUGAGCAUCACCUGCAACAAAAAGAGAGACACCAUGAUCAAGGUGUGCGAGCUUUUUGAGUUUCUCAACCUCAAAGUGAUCACAGCCAACAUCACCAGUGUCUCCGAAAACCUGUUGCACACUCUGUUCGUCGAGACUGAUGAAAUGGACAGUGCUCAACUGAAGGAGAAGAUUGAGGUUGCCAUUGCAGAGCUUGAUGUCCCAAAGAGCCCCAUAAGUUAUGUGACUUAUCAACAAGAAGGAUUUGAUGAAGCCAUCUUCCUUCAGUAACACCUACUUGCUUCUGCUCUACCAUGCAGCAAUCCACAAGGAUAAGUACUUUGUCUAGCUAAUAACACCUGGUUCUUUUUCCAGCCUUCCUCUCAUGCUGGGACCAGAUGGUUGUUUAGUAUUAGAGGCAGGUAUAGGGUGCUCAAGGUCACAGUAGUUAAUUUCUAUGAUGUCAAGGGGUUAAUUUCUAUGAUGUCAACUUUGGUGCUGAAUCUAAGUAAUGCAGUGAUGAUCCUUUGGCUAAUAUGCAGUA